AUGCUAGCCAGGAGAUUCGAAAGUUCUCGAAACGUCUCUGCCUCGGGUGUCUUAGCUAGAGACGACGCUGGCUCGCACAAUACGCCCAAUGGACCCGAGAAACCUAUCAAACUGGGCAGCAGGAGCCAGAAACACGACGAAAGCCACGACCCAAAGCUGAAGACAUGUUUGCCUCGGAUUCGGAGUAAGGUUGGGCACGAACACGGCGUUGAUCCAUACUCCAUCAACAACGACUGGAAGAACGAUAUUGAUGAAGGAAACCGCAAAAACAGGGAAGAGGGCCACCCGCUCUCCAUGGCAGCGUGA